CAUCAGUGUAUCUGUCAUUUUAUUACUGAAGCAGUUUUGAAGAGUUUCUCUUUUCAUAUUUGUGGACUGAAACUGUUGAAGAUGUUUUGGAUUGUUUUGUUCUGUUUGUGUUUCUGGCGUCUGAAUGGUGCGUUUGGUGAUGAAGAGGAGUCAGUGUCAGUGAAGGAGGGAGAUUCAGUCACUCUAAACUCUGAUCUUACUGAAAUAAAGGAUGUUGAUGUGAUUCAGUGGAGGUUUGGAAACACUUUAAUAGCUGAAAUCAAUAAACGGAUCGACAGAUUCACUGUAUAUGAUGAUGUUCUUGAUGGGAGAUUCAGAGACAGACUGAAGCUGGGCAAUCAAACUGGAUCUCUGACCAUCACAAACAUCACAAUGAAACAUACUGGAGAUUAUAAACUACUGAUCAACAGUGUGAAAAAGAAAAAAGUUAAUGUCAUUAUCUAUGAAUUGAUGUCAGCGAUGGAGGGAUAUUAUACCACUCUAAAAUUUGAUAUUACUGAAAUAAAAGAUGGUGAUGUGAUUCAGUGGAGGUUUGGAAACACUUUAAUAGCUGAAAUCAAUAAACGUGUUGACAGAAUCACUGUAUAUGAUGAUGUUCUUGAUGGGAGAUUCAGAGACAGACUGAAGCUGGACAAACAAACUGGAUCUCUGACCAUCACAGACAUCACAGAUGAACAGACUGGAUCUUAUAUACUAGAGAUCAACAGUGUGAGAAAGAAAAAGUUCAGUGUCCGUAUAUCUGGAUCAGUGAAGUCAUUGACCGUGAAGGAGGGAGAUUCAGUCACUUUAAACUCUGAUCUUACUGAAAUGAAGGAUGAUGAUGUAAUUCAGUGGAGAUUACGGGAUGAUAAUGAUAAGUGGUGGUCUAAAAUUUUAAUAGCUGAAAUCAAUAAACAUGUCGACAGAUUCACUGUAUAUGAUGAUGUUCUUGAUGGGAGAUUCAGAGACAGACUGAAGCUGGAUAAACAAACUGGAUCUCUGACCAUCACAAACAUCACAACUGAACAUGUUGGACUUUAUGAACGAAAUAUCAACAUUAUGAACACUGAGUUCUUUCUCGCUGUCUUUGGUAAGUUAAAUAUUUGAGUCAACAUUUUAUGUUUUAAUCACCAGAUACAAUUAUUAAUUUUUGCCUGUUUUUGUUUUAUGUUUUG